AUGAGUCCCCCGCCCGCGGGCAACGGCAGCGCCUGGGGGGCCGCAGCGCUGGGCGGUGGCGGCAACUGCAGCGGGGCCGCCAGCCUGAGCCGGCAGUGGGUGGUGGGGGCCGCCCUGAGCCUCACCGUGCUGGUCAUCGUGGCCGGCAACUUGUUGGUGAUCGUGGCCAUCGCCAAGACGCCGCGGCUGCAGACCAUGACCAACGUUUUCGUCACCUCGCUGGCUUGCGCCGACCUCAUCAUGGGCUUGCUGGUGGUGCCGCCGGGGGCCACCGUCCUGCUGAGCGGCCACUGGCCCUACGGCACGAUGGCGUGCGAGCUGUGGACCUCCCUGGACGUGCUGUGCGUCACGGCCAGCAUCGAGACGCUGUGCGCCAUCGCUGUGGAUCGCUACCUCGCCAUCACAUCGCCGCUGCAGUACGAGGCGCUGGUGACCAAAGGCAGGGCGCGGGCCGUGGUGUGCCUGGUGUGGGCUAUCUCCGCCUUCAUCUCCUUCUUGCCCAUCAUGAACCACUGGUGGCGGGACGGGGCAGACGAGCAGGCGGUGCGCUGCUACGACGACCCGCGCUGCUGCGACUUUGUCACCAACGUGACCUACGCCAUCAUCUCCUCCACCAUCUCCUUCUACGUGCCCCUGCUCGUCAUGAUCUUCGUCUACGUCCGCGUCUUCGCCGUGGCCACGCGGCAUGUCCAGAUCAUCGGCAAGGACAAGGUGAGGUUCCUGCAGGAGCCCCCCAGGCCCAGCUCCAGGAGCAGCCGGCGGAGACGGCCCUCCCGUCUGCUGGCUAUCAAGGAGCACAAGGCGCUCAAGACCCUGGGCAUCAUCAUGGGCACCUUCACGCUCUGCUGGCUGCCCUUCUUCGUGGCCAACAUCAUCAAGGUCUUCUGCCGGCCGCUGGUGUCGGAUCAGCUCUUCCUUUUCCUCAACUGGCUGGGCUACGUCAACUCAGCCUUCAACCCCAUCAUCUACUGCCGCAGCCCCGACUUCAGAAGCGCCUUCCGCAAGCUGCUGUGCUGCCCGCGCCGCGCAGACCGCCGGCUCCACGCCGUCUCGCAGGACCUGCAGCGCUGCCCCUGUGCCUUCAGCCCCCGGGAGGGACCCUCGGAGGACAGCAAGGCGGCAGUCCCCGGACACCCCGGGGAGGAUGCCGAGGCUCGGGGCAGCAGCAGCCGCUGCAGCAGCUGGAUGGAGGAGACCAGCCUGUCCCAGGGCAGCGGCCACCGGCAGCGGCCCCUGGGCGAGUCCCGGCCUCAGGGCACCCAGACCACGCUGUGCUCGCACCUUGACGAGUUUUCCGGCAGAGAGAUGCCAGCUGGUCCUUCCAUCUGA